UGCUCUGUUUUCUGGACUCAUUCGUGUCCUGUCUCGAAGUUAUGCGCUUCCCUGAUUCCUUCCCUGCGUUCUUGAUUUGCCAGUCGCCGCGCGCAUAGGCACCACCCAUCAUCGAGUCCUCCAGCCUUCUUGGUUUUUCCGCAGGCGACAGCUCGCGCAGGGGAACUGCAAUGGCGACCUCAGCCUCCGAAGAAGGGCCCGGAAGGCGCGAGAAGAGGGUGGUGGUGGUGAUCGGCGGCGGCGUCGGGGGUUCCCUCGUCGCCAAAUCCCUCCAGUCCUUCGCCGACGUCGUUCUUAUCGACCCGAAGGAGUAUUUUGAGAUCCCUUGGGCAAGCUUGAGGGCGAUGGUUGAGCCAUCUGUUGCCGAAAGAUCAGUUAUUGACCAUGGAGAUUACUUCACCAGUGGCCAGAUUGUCUGCUCUGCUGCUGUGGACAUUAGAGAUGGCGAAGUGUUGACUGCCGGUGGCUCCAGGUUCCCAUUUGACUAUCUUGUCAUUGCCACGGGGCACAAAGAUUUAGUUCCCAGAUCUAGAAGUGAACGGCUUAUCCAGUACAAAGCAGAGUGUGAUAAGAUAAAAUCUGCUAAUUCCAUCUUGAUCGUUGGAGGUGGCCCUACUGGCGUGGAACUUGCCGGUGAAAUCAGUGUUGACUUUCCAGAUAAGAAGGUGACGUUGGUGCAUCGAGGGUCUAGGUUGCUUGAAUUUAUUGGUCCUAAGGCCUCCCAAAAGACACUCGACUGGUUGACAUCGAGGAGGGUUGAAGUGAUCCUGGAACAAUCUGUUGAUUUAACCAUCGUAUCAGAUGGCACCUAUCAAACAUCUGCGGGAGAAACCCUCGAAGCCGAUUGCCAUUUUUUGUGCACGGGGAAGCCAAUUGGUUCAUCAUGGCUUAGCGAGACUAUACUAAAGGAUAGCUUGGAUAAUCGUGGAAGAUUGAUGGUUGAUGAGCAAUUAAGGGUUAAAGGUCACAAAAACGUCUUUGCCAUAGGAGAUAUCACAGACAUUCCGGAACUAAAGCAAGGUUAUUUGGCUCAACGACAUGCAGAAGUUACCGUCAAGAACUUGAAGCUUUUGAUGACUGGAGGGAGAGAAAGCAAGAUGGCCACUUACAAGCCUGGUUCAGCAAUCGCUCUUGUUUCGCUCGGCAGGAAAGAGGCCGUGGCGCAGUUUCCCCUGAUAACUGUGAUUGGAUGCGUCCCUGGCAGGAUAAAAUCCGGGGAUCUGUUCGUGGGGAAGACGAGGAAACAACUCGGCUUGAACCCACAGUCCUCUCCAUAGAGUCGGAGACUAAAAGUAUGUCGAUAUUCGAAGUCAAUACCAUCUUAUUGAUCCAGAUGUGUGAUGUGAAAGUCUCCUGAUCUCGAAUCCAAGCGAACUCAUUGAAUUAUCAAUUAUUUCAAGAAACAGGUUAAUUCAUAUUGAUUCUUGACAUGUUCUCGAUAA